UACUCGAACACGGCUCACCUAGUUUGGACCGUCGACCGAGAGUUUAUUUCGUAGUACGGUGCGGGAGGAACGGAGGUGACCGCGCGCUUUCCGCGCGCUGAGUUCUGCGAUGGCGGCGCACGAUCGAAUCGUUUAUCUGCUGCGACAGCUGGAAAGAGCUUCGUGUCGAUGUCCCACGCAUUCUCACACGUAUCACCAAGUUUCUCCUGCAUCCGCUCCUCCGUCGUGUGGUGGAGUCGCCGACUAUGCCUUUGAGAUGACAAGCUCGAACAUUAGAUAUGGAGAGGGCGUUACUAAGGAAAUUGGAAUGGAUCUUCAGAAUCUUGGUGCACGUAAUGUGUGCGUGAUGACGGAUAGGACCAUGUCCUGCCUCCCUCCUGUUAGAGCAGUGCUGGACUCCUUGGCCAAACAUAGCAUCACGUACAGGUGCUAUGACCAGGUGCGGGUAGAACCCACCGAUUCCAGCUUUAAGAAUGCCAUAGAGUUUGCAAGGAAAGGGGACUUUGACGUGUACGUGGCGGUGGGAGGCGGUUCGGCGAUUGACACGUGUAAGGCAGCCAAUCUGUACGCUUGCCACCCAAAGGCCGACUUCCUGGACUUUGUGAACGCUCCAGUGGGCAAGGGGCAGCCAGUAAGUGGGACCCUGAAGCCCCUGAUUGCAGUGCCUACAACUGCAGGAACUGGAAGUGAAACUACUGGUGUGGCCAUCUUUGAUUACGAACCAUUAAAAGCGAAAACUGGCAUUGCUAGUCGAGCCUUGAGGCCGACCCUGGGAAUCGUGGAUCCCCUGCACACGCUGCACAUGCCGGAGCGACUGGCUGCCAAUAGUGGGUUUGAUGUGCUGUGUCAUGCUCUGGAGUCUUACACUGCACUGCCUUACAAGGAACGCAGGCCACGCCCACUGAACCCUAUCAAUCGGCCUGCUUACCAGGGGAGCAACCCGAUCAGUGACGUUUGGUCCCGUCAUGCUCUGCACAUUGUGGCCAAGUACAUGAAGAGAGCAGUCAGGAAUCCUGAGGAUGUGGAAGCGAGGUCCAGCAUGCACCUAGCCAGUGUCUUUGCUGGGAUUGGCUUUGGAAAUGCUGGUGUUCACCUGUGUCACGGCAUGUCAUACCCCAUUUCGGGCAACGUGAAGACGUUCCGGGCAAAAGAUUAUGAUGUGGAUCAUCCAAUAGUGCCUCAUGGCCUCUCAGUUGUGGUGACCUCACCUGCAGUCUUUGCCUUCACUGGCCAAAUGUGUCCAGAACGACACCUAGAAGCUGCUGAGAUACUAGGUGCCGACGUUCGUAAUGCUAAAAAGGAGGAUGCUGGUACAGUGCUGGCGGAGACGCUGCGGGAGUUCCUGUAUGACUUGGAGGUGGAGGAUGGCCUGGAAGCACUUGGCUACACCAGGGAGGAUAUCCCUGCCCUUGUGGAGGGCACCAUCCCUCAGGAGAGGGUGACCAAACUGGCCCCCAGAGCGCACACACAGGAGGACCUGGCACAUCUGUUCAAAGCCUCGCUGAAGCUCUACUGAGAGCCAGACGUAUCUCUCGCCUACUGCGACCAGCUCACGCUCUCUGUCAGUAUCUCAAUUAUUUGUAGCAAGGGGUGUAACUUACACUGGCAAAAGUCACUUGAAAUUAGCACAAUGCCAAUAACACAAAAUUAUAUGUAAAUUACAAGGGUGUUGGAAGCAAAGUUCCAAAAUCAGUGGGUUUUUAACCAUCAUUCCUGUUAAUAGAUGUGGAUUUUUCUGUUUUCACAGUAUUUUUACACAAGAUGUUAUUAAGAGUUCAGUCAGCAGGUGCAAUAGGGAUUAUAAUUGUCACUGUCCACUUAAUGUGCCAGGUAGAAAUUCCACCUCCUACGGUAGUACACUUGAUCAAGGUAGUUACCCCGAAUUGAUGUAGUACAAUUACCCUGCUGCUGUAUAAAUGGGUAAAUCUCUUUUCAGUGUUGAAAUAUGAAAUUUCACAAUCAGUUUUCUCUGAGAUCUACAUCGCUUUGGAGAAAAGAGUCUGCUAAAUGAACAAAAGUAAAUGUAAAUCACUAUA